UCGACCACCUGUCGUGGCGCCACCACGCCAUUCCUCACAGGGGAGAAAGCUUCGGGGGUGGCUUUCAUGGUUGUAGACACGUUUCGUUCACCUACCCGGUGAGACUAUGCCCGCACCACGUGGCUUCACUGGACGUUGCUGGAUCAAAAAUGCUCUCCCUACUCUCGGGCAUCGACCCGUUCAUCUACUCGCUUUCGAAUAUGUGACGGAUGGGUGAAAUCACGACUACCAAGCACGCGAAUGUGAUCCUACGGGUUGGUGAGCAGGGGCUCGGCUCUUUUAGAUUGGGCGUGUGGAAGAUAUAUGCGAUCUCUCCUCUCGGAGCGAGACACGUGGCGGUAUGAUGACCGGCUGCGAGGGUCCCUAAAUGGACGGUGGAAGCCAAUUCGCGGAAACCCUUGUGACGGCGUUCUCCCUUCUCUUAUCCGGCGGUGUUCGAUCGAGUCAGGUAAUGCCGACUGGGGCUUAGCCUUUCUUCGCUGUAAUCGUUUCUUUUCUUCUCUAAUUUCCCCCUUUAUUUUUGCUGGGUUUUUGUGGUUGAUUCUGAGAUCUUUCGGGUUCGUGAACUAUGCGCUACUUUAUUCUUCUUCUGCAUGUUUCGAAAAGUCUAGACGCUCGAGAUAAGGGCUUGGGAGAUUUGCUUUGCCAAGAGCUUUUAUAUUUGCGGUUACCAUUUCGCUGAUCGAUAUGAUUCGUCAGUGGAAGCUGGAUGUUUGAUAACGAUCAGGAGACUCCUUACCUUUCGAGGUCAGCUUGUGGCGUUUUGGCACUCCAGAGGAAGAACAAGGAGGGCCUUUUGUGGUGGCUGCUGCUGCUGCUGCUGUUGUGAUUCUGCAAAGAAAAUCGCUGUUGCUGCUGCCGUGUCUUUUUAGAUCUAUUGAUAAUUGGUUUGUUCGAUUAACGUGGUGCUUCAUUCUAGUUGCUGGCAAUAUGACAACAAUUGUGAUCUCGGGUUAAGAAGAAGCAUUAGCCACUAACUUCUCUGGUAGUCCUGCAUCUAAGUAAGGUGUAGAAUGGAGUUGAUGGCUGCCACCGUUCCAAUAGCUUUAUGGAGUUCUGUUCAAUGAUUGAGAAGCAUUUAAAUCUUUAAGUAGCCAAAUAGAGUCGAAGAUAUUAUAAAUCAGGACCAGUAAAGUGGUUAUUUCACCUUAAGAAGAACUUUGGUACAUCUUGAUCAUUGUGUGCAUCUGAUACUGCUUUGCUUCACUUGUACUUGGCAUCUUCUCAGCUUUGUCGAAGUUCUAUUACAGCUAUCAAUUGAGAUCUUUGGUGAUCAUGAUAUAAUUAUUUUUAGUAAACUUUGGAAUAAAAACUGGGACAUUUCAAUUUUGUUAUCGGUCAAUUGAAGACCUAGAUCUUUCAGGUUUCUAGUGUAAUUCAUGAUUUUUAAGAAUGCAGAACUAGUUACAAGUCUCAGUUAAGAGCCAUGUGAGCAAUAUAGGUUAUAAUUCUUUGCUCUCUAUAUAUAAAUUGUUCUUCAGAAUGAGUAAACAUCAGUUGUUGUUGCAUGCUAUGGAUAGCUGAUAUGCGAUGACUGAUAUUUCAGAAGCAGAACAUCAACUCAUGCCUUUGCUAGAUAUGAAUAUUGACAGACAUCAUGGUGAACCACUGGUUGGUGCAGUUCGUACUUUAGAGAUUUGGAAUGAACUACAUAUGUUGUGAUAUCAAACUCAUGAAUUUUACUGAUUUCUUGGAGGAAAGCACCUUAAUGGAUGUUCUUGUGUUGAAAUGCAUAUUUCAUCUUGUGCAGUUAGGAGGUUUAGCAUUAAAACCAAAUAUGGGAUAAUAAAAUGAAUGCAUCAUAUGCAUCUUUAGUUGAGGAGCUUUGCUAGUAGCAGGCAAGUUUUCGGGUAAUGUAAGCAAGAAAUUCAUCCUGUGAGAGCCCUUUGAUAAAUCUUUGCUGAUGUUCAUUAGUAAACAGAAUAUGUCAUUAAAGAUUUGUGCACUGGAUGAAUACUAGAGUGGUCAUCGGUUCAUUCUUUUUAUCUGGACUGCCUUCCUUCUGUCGUUCUCAUUAUUGAACAGAUUGCUGGAUUUUUAUUUUGGAGUUGUCUUUUUGUCUUUCUCAUCCUAUUAUCAGCUUGUAAGGUUGCAACAAGAAUUAGUCAGUAGAUCUUACCUAAAGGAUGUCAAAGGUUACUUUUCAUUAUUGCCGCUAUUAUGAAUUUGGGACAUGGAAUAUUAUGGAUGGCUAGGCUGAUGGUCUGUUACCUCUUAGCAACUAUGUUUGAAUGGCUUUCUUACUUUUCAAGAUAUAUAACAGGGUAAAGGAAAGUCCCAGUGAGUUACAUGUUUCCCAUUGGAGAAAUUUUCCUUCAAAUACUAGUGCUGCUUCAACAUAUUUGGCAUAUGGACAUUCUCCUCAAAUGUUAGAAAUGAAAAAAAAAAUGAGUUCCUUGUAAACAGUAUUAUUAUGCAUUUCCUAUUCAAUUCCAUAUUGAUCUGAAAUCAAGAAUUCAUCUCAAAAGGUUCCUUUGGAGUUCAAAGCUUUGUUAGACAGUCAAGGACUAACUUCCAAAGGCAUAUCCUAUUUGUCUGUGGCGGCAUCAUAUUUUUUCUUUUAGAAUAGCUAGUAUCUUAGUUUAUCCUUUUUUCUGGCCUCUAUUAUAAUAUCUUUUAAUCAAUUUACACUCCUAAAAUAUUUUGCCCAUUCCAAUUUAAUUUAGACUUUCAAUUUAAAUAAAACCCAGAAUCUUCAAGUUAAAUAAAAUCCAGAAUCUUCUUUUUCAUAACCUUCAACUUAUAUUCGUUUGUUUGUCCCGUUAGCACAUAUGAAUGGUCAAGUGGAUUUGACUGUAUUCCUUCCAGCUGAUCUUUGUUACCUAUUGUGACAUUAAAAGGUAAAUUGUGUUCUUUGGCUGUACUCAUGUUUGCUUCUGUUGGUCAUAUGAGCUUUGAUAUGAGAGAUGAAAUAGACUUCUAAAAUAGCUUAUGGUAGUAUUUAUGCUGGAUUUCACCUGUUAGAGAUUUUACAACUCUGAAUCAGAUAAUUACUACUUCAUUAUUUUCUUUUUUGUAUUUAUAUUUUCUUAUAGCCUCAUUGAUGUCUUCUCAGGAGUGUGAACUUUAAGGUGCCUUCUAUAAAUAGGAUCUUGCCUUCUGCCCGGUGCCAAAGAAAAUUUUUGUAGACUUGCCAGCCAUCACUUGAAGAGAUGUCAGAAUCAGACAAUAAUGAGUCUGGACCUAAUCUUGCAUUCCAAAAUUCUAGUGACUCUAUUUUUGGCAUGCCUAUCAAGAAAAGGCAGUUUCAUUUAUCUCAGUGCCCAUCUCCUAGAUCUCAGGAAACAGAUGUGUCUCCACAAGAUUGUGGGAUAUCAAUUAGUUCUACUGAACACAUUUUACAUACUGAUAUUAUGCCAAUUCCUGGAAGUUUCAGCCGAGCUAGUUCCCAGGAAUUUGCAUUAAAAGAUGCUAGAUCCUCUGGUCAGGGAACUAGUACUGCAAGCUUAACCAUGGGUCACAAGUCUUUUGGAUUGUCAAUUAUGGAUACCAGCAAAAACAUGUCAACUCCAAACAGACCACCUGGGCUGCCUGUAGGUGAGAUGGAUGUUGAAGAGAGAAUUUCUAGUGUUAGGCCUACAUACCCAGCAAAUUCAGAGUUACGAUUGACAUUAUCAUCGGAUGCAAAAAAUUAUGGUUACAACUUGGUUCAGCAAGGCAUAACUGAAACAUGUUCAUCAGAUCUGCCUCUUGAUCCUCUGAUAACAGUUAGUGAAACUGAUGCCAAGACUGGUUCUUUUAAUGUGGUGAACCGGUUUAAUUUGGAUCUAAAUAUUCCAGUUGACACAUGGGAUGCUACUGUCGGUGAGUCUGUUAUUGAACAUAGCAUGCAUGAAAUGUUGAAUGGCAUUGAGGCAUGCUCUGAACAAACAAUUCGGGCUGAUGUCACAUCAGGUAAGUCUAUUAUUGGGAGAAGUCACUAUGACCAUUGGUUGUCUAAUUUGGGGAAGACUGAUGAGAGGCAUAAGGUGUCUGGGCUUGGCUUAGAUUUGCAGCUUAAACCACCCAGCAGACCGGAAUCAUGUAUCAAAUGGGGAGAUGUUGCUCCUGAUUUAAGCUUGUCCUUGGAAAGAAAUGUGUCAAAUGCUUCAUUCAAAGUUAUAAAGCCUGAACCACACAUAGACAAUAGUCAAAAUGACUGUGUUAAUGCUUAUCUGAGUGGAUCAAAUCUUGCACUUUCUAUGUCUGUAAAACCUCAACUAUGUAGUGGACAUUUUCAGGAUGGAAGUGCCAAAGUAACUUGUUCUGGUGACGAGAAACAAGCAGUCAGAAGGGUGAUGAAGAUGGAGCUAUCUGAACAGUUAUCCAAUGAGUACUUUAGUAGACCUGCUGUUAAGGCAGUUAGCAUGGAGUUUCACAACAAUAAACCAACACAUCAGCAUAUAGAGAUUCCAUUGAGCAUGACUGAACCCAUGGAUUCGAAUUCUGUCACUGCUUCUGAUGAAAAUGUUCUUGAUGUUGAUGGCUCAGUGAUGAUUGUUAAUACAGACAUCAAUACUAGUCCUGUGGCCUCGCCUUCUAUUGUGAAUCCAUCUUCCGAAGAAUGUUGUAAAUUUGAAGAUACACUUGAUAGCACUUGUAGUCUUGAGAAGGCAGAAGUAAGUGCUUCAAAGGCAGCAGAUUUGGAUGUAGAUUCCCUCAGUUUGGAUGUUAAAGAGAAGUUCAAAGGCGCUGUAACUUCGGAAGAUACUUGCUUGGGUUCUAACUCGUUUUAUGAAUAUGUAGUACCUGUGGCACUUAAUGGUACAUCUGAAGGUAUUGUACGCUCAGAUGAUGAGUACUGCAAAUCAUUGAAAUCAAUUGCAGAAAAUAAUCUUCGUUUGGAUUCCAUGGGAAAGGGUACAAGAGGUGAGGAAAAACAGGAAAGUGUAGACUUAUUUUCUAAGAUUCAGGAACUUUAUGAUGACAAGCAAGUCCCAUAUGAUAGUCCUCAUGGUCCCAGUGUUGCUAGAGAUAAAGCUCUUACACAUGGAGCUGGUGUUGGUGAAUACAAAGAUGGCAAACAUGGGGAUCUUGUCCCUCGUGAGCCAAUUGAGGCUUCCUGUGAGGAACGAGAAAAGGCAGAUAACGAGAUAGCCGCCGAUACAACUGCUGCAGUGGAUGUUUCUGUCAAUAUGUUAUCAAAUUUGGAAGUUAAUGGAAAACAGAUACAAAUUUUGGAUGUAGUUGCUGAUGCAAUUGGUGCAGUGGAUGUUGCUGCCAAUAUGCCACCAAAUUUGAAAGUUAAUAAUGAACAGAUGAAAAUUUUGGAUGUACAGAUUGGUCAUCAUGGUGAAGCUUUUGAUGGCAAUUUGUGCAAUUAUAAAAAUAAGACAGGCUCUAGUUUAACAACAGAUUUGCUUGAGUCAUCAGGAGUGAGGGUGCCAAUGACUUCAAGUAGUACAAGACUUGCAAAACUUUUACAGCAAGCUAAUAGGAAGGAAAGAGGCCCACCCAUGAAGUCGAGGCGCACUAGAUUACUUAGCUCAAAAGUUGUGAAAACUUGUGAGGAUGAUGUAAGCAGCCAACAGGUGAAUGCUAAAGAGGAAAGAAGCCCACCCAUGAAGUUGAGGCCCGUUGGAUCACUUAGCUCAAAAUUUGUGAAAACUUGCGAGGAUGAUGUAAGUAGCCAACAGGUGAAUGCCAAAGAGGUGGAAAGUGGCCCACCCAUGAAGUCGAGGCCCGUUGGAUCACGUAGCUCAAAAUUUGUGAAAAUUUGCAAGGAUGAUGUAAGUAGCCAACAGGUGAAUGCUAAAGAGGAUGAUAUCCCUGUGAAAAAUCCAGUGACAUUAGAGAGUGAUUCAGAUGCCAGUGGUAAAUGUAGUCAGAUUAGGAAGGUAAAUUCACCGGGUAUCAACAAGUUAUCUUCUGGAAAAAUGAACUCAAUUACAGCUAGACUUGUUUUUUCACAAACUGAGAGGAAAGGGUUGAUUGAUAAACCACACAGACAUGAAGGGUCACACACUCGAGGUGGCAGGAGUGAAAGAUAUGACAAUAGGUCUUUUAGAUAUGGAAGCAAUGAUCAAGAUCAACCGGUUCAAAAACGUGGUAUGGAUUUGAUGAACACCAGAAGGGAUGGUCAUAAUGUGAGUGCAUGUGCCCGAGACUCUGGCCGUCGAUAUGCACCAAAAGUUAAUGACUCUAAAGGUUACAGAUUCACAAGGCCUAGUAAUAGACACGAGGUUCCCUUGAGAAUUGCAGCAGAUGGUUCUGCUGGGAGUGAUGGUCGGAUCAUCAGAAGGUUUAUGAAUAAUGAAUCACCACAUUUAUCUCAUUUUUCAUAUAGUAGGCAUUCUCUUGGGGCACAUGAUGGACCAUCAAUUGCUGUUAGGAUUUCCAGAGGAGUCUAUCAGGAAGAUAGCUCCAAUACGUUCACCGGUAGGCAUGUCCCAACCAUUCUACCAGAUCAUGAGAAGAUGGUGAGAGGCUUGCCAAAUUUAGUGAUAGACCCCUUUUUUAAUUCAGACCGAUAUGUGCAAUAUGAACAAGCUGAUAAUUACCCCUCGUUGAGAGAAAGAAACCUUUCACCUACUGGGAGGAGGGGUCCUCCCAAAUGUCUACCUCGAGCACGCUCUCCUUAUCAGUUUUCUCCACCUAGGUCGCCUGGUAUAGUUUAUGAGGGACAUGUGGAGCUAUUGCGACACAGGUCACCACCACUGAGAUCACCUCCUCGACAUCUUUGCUUACCUGAACAUGCAAUGGUCAGAAAUGGUUUGCCACCUUAUUCUCACUUAGCUAGUGACAUGAGAGAAAUGCAUCCCAUGAGGGAAGUGGAUUUGUCAAGGCCUGUUAGGGGUUCUCAAAGGAACAUCAGGAGGUUUAAUUUGUGUGUUCAACAAGAGAAUGCAGAGGACUAUGGGUCUAUGCACUUUGCUCAACAAACUCUCCACGCAGAAGAUGAGCUGGUUCAUAGGAGGAAGUAUGAUGGCAAACGUGCUUAUCUUCAGUCUUGUGGGAAUCACCAUCCUGUUGGUGACAGUGGAGAGGAGCCUAUUACUUAUCCAGUCGAUGGUGAUCCUCCUAGACCUAUAAGGUUUUGUCCUGACAGAGAAGGUUUCUCUGAUAGAAGCAGCUUAAGGGGCCCUGUCAUGCGAAGCACUUCAAACACAUCAAGAAGAAUGGCAGAACGAGAAGAUUUCAGAAACCGUGGCCUGCCAGCAAGGCGUGACAGUGAUUUCAAUUAUAUUCAGCUAAAGAGGAGAAGAGUUUGACUAUGAGAUGUGUCAUUUUAGGUGAUUGCUUAUGGCCCUUUAGUAGCAAAUCCUGCUGUACAUUUUGAGAACCAAAUUGACAUGAACAGUUCUUGCCACAAGAUUUGUGGGACUCUUAAGAACCACCAAUGGCCGGGCUUGACAAGUUUUGCUAUGAAUUAUACCAUAUAGAGUAAUGGUUAAGCCAGAUGAUGAGGUUGAAAACAUCUCGAGUGACAGAUGUUCUUAUUGUCAGCCAUGUUUGAGUUAUUUGUCUUUUGGACAUUUACAGUAUUGAGACAUCUUGGAAUGUCAGGGCUCAGUCGACAGUGCCUUCCUGCUUACUCUGCUGGCAAAUCGGUGCCUCUCUGCAAAUUAUAUUUAUAUGCACAUGUAUGCAUAUGAAAUUCUGGUUCCAAGAUGAAUGAGUGCUUCUGACUUCAUUGAUUUCAUGAUUGGAUUCUUAGAUGCUGCAGACACCUCAAACCUUGAAAAUGAGAAAGUGUUUAAGAUAUUGUUAAAACAUGCAACAGUUGUAAUCCAAAAUGAACUAGUGCGUGGCAAUUUUCCUCCGGUUCUGCUGCUAUUUUGGAUGGCUUUGCUCAUCACCUCAGAGGAGGGUUUCCAACUGGAAAACAUUCUUAUGGAUCAUUUUGCAGUUUCAAUGGAUAUUUUUUGGGAUCAAGGACUCCAUUGUCUCCUUGGUGUCUAUCCAUAGAUAAGAGAUGCUGCUUGAAGGGAGUUGUUUCAUCCUAAUAAAAGAAAAGUUACAGUUAAUGUCAUCAACAGGUGCAGACUUGCUCCGUCAUUUGAAACUUCCAGACUUUCCCGUCAGUUAAUGGUUCCCAUACAGCUUUCAGUUAUCAGCAUUUCUCAGCUCCCAGAGUUAAUGCCUUAUUGGGGUGUCUUCCAUUUUCAAUUUAUAUGGUUUGGAUUGUUGGAACAGCUACCUAAAUUCCAUACUGAGCAAGUGGACUGUCUGAGUUUGACUUUAUUGGGGUUCAUGAGAACCAAAAGAUUCUGGUUGACUUCAAAGAAGGUAUUUUUAGACAGCUUAAUUAUGAACUUAAAACUGACUUAAACAUGGGCAGAGGGAUCUCUUAAAUAUUUAGCUUUGGUAUAAUGAAACCUGCAACAAAGAGUAUAAGACUGGUGGCAAUUCAUAAUUGAAUGAAUUGUCGAAGGACAUGACAUUUUAAGAUGCUCAAAAAGGCAUGGUAUUUGUCACUUAACCAAGGCUUAAAUAUAUAGUGCUCACAGUUAAAUGAAAGGCUAAACAGUCAAAUAGACAUGUCUCAUUUUGUACACUAAAGAAAUGCAGAUCACUGUGGUACAAUAUCACCAAGUGUCCAUGUUAUUUAUACUUGUUAGCAAGUAGUCAAAUCUAUUCUACAGGGCA